AUGUCUUCUCAACCUCGAUUGGGGGAUGUGACCGAUCCAUCUCAACCUCCCCUUCGACCAGACAGUCCCUCCAACCCCGCUCAUCAACCAUCCGCAGACAAUGUAGUCACUGAAGGUACAGUGGCUAAUGAAAAGUUCAACUUGAACCAAGACACCAAGACUAUCCCCGGUGGUAUACCCUUCCCUACCACUAUGGGAGCCACCGUCGGUCCACCACCUCCUCCCGUGCUCCCAUUAUCCCAUGAAUCCCAUGGAAGCUCAUCUGGAUCUACGUCUGCCGUAAUCAAUGAGAAACCCGAGAAGAGAAAGGGAUCAAUAGGGGAAGAAUCAUCAUCAUCUACCAACAAGAAACAUCCACAAUCCAAGAAAGGUUUGUUCGCCAGAUCGAAAAAGACCAAAGAGAUUGACGAGAAGAAAUCCAAGGAGAAAGAAGAUGAAGCCAACCUACUACCGCCCGUAUCAUUCUUUGCCCUAUUCAGAUUUUCGACUCCAAUAGAGAUGGUUGGAAUGGUGAUCGGUCUGAUAUUGGCAGUUGCUGCCGGUGCCGCUCAACCAUUAAUGACGUUGAUUUUCGGAAGGUUGACAACUAGUUUUACAAAUUAUGCUGUCAUUGCUCAACAAAUAUCUUCUUCUGGAUUGACCUUGAGCCAAGAUCAAUUAGACCAACUGCAAUCCGCCAAAGAUGACUUGAAGACACAAUCGGGUCAUAAUGCCUUGUACCUCAUGGCUAUAGGUGUGGGAAUCUUCUUGACUACUUGGGUGUAUAUGUUUAUCUGGAAUGUCACGGGUGAACUGAAUUCGAAGAGGAUUAGAGAGAAGUAUCUGAGGGCGGUUCUAAGGCAAGAGAUCGCAUACUUUGACGACCUCGGCGCAGGAGAAGUGGCCACCCGUAUUCAAACAGACUGUCAUCUAGUCCAAGAAGGAACAUCAGAGAAGAUCGCUUUGAUCGCUCAAUUCCUCGGCUCUUUCGUGGCAGGUUUCGCACUGGCUUUCGCUCGGUCAUGGAGAUUGGCAUUGGCAUGUUCGGCCAUUUUCCCCGUCAUUAUCAUUGCGGGCGGAAUCAUGAUGACGGCAAUGUCGAGAUUCGGUACGGGCGCUUUGGAGCAUAUUGCCAAAGCUGGUUCGUUGGCUGAAGAAGUUAUUGGAAGUAUUAGAACCGUACAGGCAUUCGGUAAACAAAAGAUUUUGGGCCAGAAAUUUAAUGAUCAUAUUGAAUUGAGUAGGAAAGCAGGUAGGAAAGGAGCUUAUAUCGAAGCUGCUGGUCUAAGUGUCAUGUUCUUCUCGAUCUACUCCGCAUACGCUCUUGCAUUCUUCUACGGUGGUAUCCUCGUCACCCAAGGUCGAGCAGACAGUGGAAUCGUCAUCAACGUAUUCAUGUCCGUCUUGAUCGGUGCAUUCUCCAUGGCAAUGGCCGCACCGGAAAUGGCAGCCGUCUCUAAAGCUCAAUCAGCCGCUGCGAAAUUAUUCGCCACUAUUGAUAGAAUCCCCCUCAUCGAUUCAGCAAGUAUCGAAGGUCUUAAACCCGACAUUGUACAUGGUGAAAUUACAUUUGAAAAUGUCAAAUUUCACUAUCCCUCUCGACCUAAUAUUCCCAUCCUCAAGGGUCUCACUACAACUUUCCAAGCUGGUAAGACUUUCGCACUUGUGGGCGCAAGUGGGUCGGGUAAAUCGACGGUCGUCAGUCUGGUAGAAAGGUUCUACGACCCUAUCCAAGGAAGUAUCAAGCUAGAUGGAGUAGAAAUUAGGGACUUGAACUUGAAAUGGUUAAGACAACAAAUCGGUCUCGUCUCACAAGAACCCACCUUGUUCGGUACCACCGUCCGAGGUAAUGUCGAACAUGGUCUGAUCGGAUCGAAGUGGGAGAACGCUACCGAUGCUGAAAAGUUCGAACUAGUCAAGAAAGCAUGCAUCGAUGCCAAUGCUCAUGACUUCAUCAUGAAGUUGCCCAACGGAUACGAUACAAUGGUAGGAGAACGAGGAAUGCUAUUAUCAGGUGGACAAAAACAAAGAGUGGCUAUUGCCAGAGCAAUCGUCUCAGAUCCUAGAAUCUUGUUGUUGGACGAAGCUACUAGUGCAUUGGACACGCAGAGUGAAGGCAUCGUACAAGAUGCUUUGGACAAAGCGGCUAUGGGUAGAACGACUAUCACUAUCGCUCAUAGAUUAUCAACUAUUCGAGACGCUGAUAGGAUUCUUGUCAUGGGUGGUGGUGAAAUCUUGGAGCAAGGUACACAUAACGAGUUGCUCGCCAAUGAGAACGGACCUUACGCACAACUCGUUGCCAACCAGAAAUUAGCUCAAGAAGCCGUCGAAGAUUCUCUGAAAGUGACGCCACCCGAAGAUCAAGCUCUCUCCCGAGUGAAGAGCACUCCAGCUGCUGAUUCGCCAAUCAAGGAGAAAGAGUUCUCCGAAUUGAAGAGAGCUAUCACAGGUCGAUCAUUAGCUAGUGCCGCUUUGGACGAUAUCACAGCUCGAAGAGAGGCUGAAGCAUUGGAAGAAGAUAAAUUACCCAGUUCUUUUGGCAUGUACUUGAGAUUGUUGAAAUUGAACUCUAAGCAGAAAAAUUGGUAUUUCUUCGGUACUAUUGGGGCGAUCUGUUCUGGAAUGGUAUAUCCUGCUUUGGCGAUCUUGUUCGGUUACGCACUGGCAGAUUUCCAAAUUCAAGGAUUUGAUGGUUGGCAAGGUGUUUUUAGACAUGCUCUAGAUCGGAAAGCUCUCUGGUAUUUCGUUACUGCUAUUCUGGCUUUCGUCGCUACAUACACCCAAGUGGUAGCUUUCUCUGGUACAGGAUGGGAUCUCAAUGCUAAGUUGAGAACUGAGAGUUUCAGAGCUGUUUUGAGACAUGAUAUCGGAUGGUUCGAUGAAGACCAAAAUUCCACUGGAGCUGUCACUUCCAAUCUCGCUGAGAACCCUCAAAAGGUGCAAGGUCUAUUUGGAGUCACGUUGGGAACGAUCGUACAAUCUUGCGCAACCUUGAUGGGUGGUUGUAUUAUCGGUUUAUGUUUUGGUCCUCUUCUCGCUCUUAUCGGUAUAGCCUGUAUUCCGCUCUUGGUGUCAGGUGGAUAUAUUCGUCUCAAAGUAGUGGUGCUCAAGGAUCAAAAGAUGAAAAAGCUACAUGCUUCCUCAGCUCAUUUGGCAUCUGAAGCUGCUGGCGCGGUCAGGACUGUGGCUUCAUUGACGAGGGAGGACGACGUUGAUAGAAUCUAUUCUACCGCUUUGAGGGAACCUAUGAAAGUCAACUUCCGAACAUCCGUCAAAUCGCAAGCUCUCUACGCUGCCAGUCAAGGUAUCACAUUCUGUAUCAUCGCUUUGGUCUUUUACAUUGGUGCCUUGUGGAUUAUAAGUGGUCGAUAUGGUACAAGUCAUUUCUUCACUGUUUUGACGUCUGUUAUCUUCGCGUCUAUGCAAGCAGGAAAUGUGUUCACGUUCGUUCCCGAUGCUUCCAAAGCGAACUCAUCCGCUGCGUCAAUCUUCAGAUUAAUGGACAACGAACCUGAGGUGGAUCCCGAUUCUUCUGAAGGGUUGAAAUUGGAUCAUGAACAUGUCAAAGGUCAUAUCAGGAUUGAAGAUGUACAUUUCAGGUAUCCUACUAGACCAGGUGUGAGGGUUUUGAGGGAAUUAAACAUUGAUGUACCCGCUGGAACUUAUGUUGCCUUGGUCGGUCCAUCAGGAUGUGGUAAAUCCACUACAAUCCAACUUCUCGAACGAUUCUAUGAUCCGUUAAUUGGACGGAUCACACUAGACGGAGUAGAUAUCAAAGAAUUGAACGUAUCGAAUUUCAGGGAUCAAGUUGCUUUGGUAUCUCAAGAACCAACUUUAUACGCUGGUACGAUCAGAUUCAACAUUUUACUUGGAGCGAACAAAUCUAUGGAGGAAAUCACACAAGAGGAAAUUGAGAAUGCUUGUAAAGAUGCUAACAUUUACGAUUUCAUCAUGUCCCUUCCUGAUGGGUUUGAUACAGAAGUAGGAGGUAAAGGAUCACAAUUAUCUGGAGGUCAGAAACAGCGUAUAGCCAUUGCACGAGCAUUGAUUAGAAACCCCAAGGUUUUGCUGUUAGACGAAGCGACGUCUGCGUUGGAUAGUCAAAGUGAAAAGGUCGUACAGGAAGCGUUGGAUAAAGCUUCAAGGGGAAGGACCACCAUUGCAAUUGCACAUAGACUAUCGUCGAUCCAACGUUCAGAUCAGAUUUAUUAUUUCGCUGAAGGUAAAGUGGCCGAACAUGGAACUCAUCAGGAGUUAUUAGCUAAGAAAGGAGGUUAUUACGAAUUGGUACAAAUGCAGAAUCUCAGUAGACAGUAG